AUGAUCAAAGCGAAGGUGAGCAUCUUCUUCCACUGUAAUAAAAUCCUCAUAUGUGGGGACAAUAAAUCUUAUUUUGUGUAGGGAUCUACAUAAGAGACAACGAAGUCUCAAUUCAUCUUUACAAUCCAACUAAAGUCAAACUUGCAGAAGGAUGCAAACAUCUACCUCAUCACAUUACGGGAGGUGAAAAGAGAAAGAAACCUAGUGGGUCACCCGCAUGCAUUAUCUUUAUUCAAAGAGUCGCAUACCAUCAUGCCUCCCUUCUUGUUAAUUUACGUCGAUGCGAGACAAAUAAUUGAGUUGUUAUCAAGGGAGUGACCAUUAGUUAGGGCCGCAUACAAGAUGCCCCCAUCACACCUAGAAGAGUUAAGAAAACAGUUGAAAGAGUUGUUGUUAACAUAAUAUAUUCAUCCUUCUCAUGCCCCAUUUGACACUCUAAUUCUUUUUCAACAGAAGAAAGAUGGUACACUAAGAUUUUAUGUAGAUUAUAGGGCCUUGAACAAAAUCAUGGUGAGUAACAAGUAUUUAGUACCUAAUGUAGAAGAUUUGUUUGACUAG